UGUGGGUUCUUUGGGACAAACUUCUACUUGAGUUAUUGUCAGAGAUCUACAAGCCAGAGAUCGCGGAAAGUAUCGUUAAAUAGAGGAAACCUGCAGAAACAUCGCCUGGAUCAUGAAAGCAUUCGCGUGAAUCCUCGCGUGACACAUUAAAGCCACCGACAUGUUCGCGCGCGGAUCAAAGAAGCGACGCUCCAAUCGCUCGUCGGAGUGUGAAGACCCGGACAGAGGUCAGCCUUGUAUGCGCUGUGGAGAACAAUGUCCUGGCUUUCGUAUGCACGGAUGGAGGAAGAUCUGUGUGCACUGUAAGUGUGUACGGGAAGAGCAUGUGGUGCGCUCGGUGCCCGGCCAGCUCGAAAAGAUGAUGAUGAAGCUAGUGUCAGACUUCCAAAGGCACUCCAUAUCUGACGACGACUCGGGAUGUGCUUCCGAAGAAUACGCCUGGGUGCCGCCUGGUCUCAAGCCUGAACAGGUUUACCAAUACUUCAGCUGUAUUCCAGAGGAUAAGGUGCCAUAUGUAAACAGUGUUGGUGAACGAAAUCGCAUUAAACAGCUCUUACAUCAGCUCCCAGCCCAUGACAGUGAGCCUCAGUACUGUAAUUCUCUGGAUGAAGAAGAGAAGAAGGAACUGAGAUUAUUCAGCCAACAGAGGAAGAGAGAGAAUCUUGGACGUGGCAACGUGCGACUUUUCCCGGUCACCAUGACUGGAGCCAUCUGCCAACAGUGUGGAAGGCAGAUCUGUGGCGGGGACAUAGCCGUGUUUGCAUCACGGGCCGGUCAUGGCACCUGCUGGCACCCUCAAUGCUUCCAGUGUGCUUCCUGUAAUGAGUUGCUGGUAGAUCUCAUUUACUUUUAUCAGGACGGGCACAUUUAUUGCGGCCGGCACCAUGCUGAGCACAUCAAACCACGCUGUCAGGCCUGUGAUGAGAUCAUCUUUGCCGAUGAGUGUACGGAGGCUGAGGGCCGGCACUGGCACAUGAAGCAUUUCUGCUGUUUCGAGUGUGAAGCAGCACUGGGCGGGCAACGUUACAUCAUGAGAGAGAGUCGACCCUACUGUUGCUGUUGCUAUGAGUCGCUGUACGCCGAGUACUGCGACACCUGCGGGGAACAUAUUGGUAUAGACCAGGGGCAGAUGACUUAUGAGGGCCAGCACUGGCAUGCCACUGAAGCAUGUUUCAGCUGUGCCAGCUGUCGACUCCCUCUGCUGGGAAGACCAUUCUUGCCUCGCGGAGGUCUCAUUUUCUGCUCUCGCUCCUGCUCACUGGGGGACGAUCCAGAUAACUCAGACUCUUGUGAUUCAGCCCUGCAGAGCAAAUCAGCCUCGCAUAAACUCACUCAAAAUAAGCAGCGUAGUUCUGCGCAACGGCCACAAGGGGGAAGCAGCAGUCCCAAUGACAUCAGGUCUAAAGGCAGUAUGUGGAAGAAUGCGCUAGUAACCUCUAGCCCAACAACAGUGAAUGGGUGUAGUCAUUUUCCACUUGAGAACAAAGGCGUUUGCACCUCCUUCCCUUCUGAACCUCCACAAUAUGACCAAGCGCAAACGCAGAACUCGCACCUGCCCUCUCAGCUCCUUCCGGCAGCCAAUGACAGGACAGAACCUCUGUGCAAGGACCAAUCAAACAGGACAGACAGUCCAUACAGCGGUCUGGAGUUCACAGUAGAGCUGAAUGGCUAUGCAGAAUUUGGCCCUUUCCCACCCAGCUGCACAUCCAGAGGCACUUCCACAGCAAAGGAUUGUGGGAAUGCUGUUGAAAGUUACAUGGGAAUUUCCUCUGAUCCCAAACCAUCAGAUGCAUUCGACGAUUUCAUUGACUCAGACUCCUUUCCACCACCUCCACCCCCUGUGUUUUUUGAGCCAUCUGAUUUGCCACCCCCUUCAGAUUCCACACCCACUGUUAAAGAACCUGAAGAGACUCCUGUUGCACCUGUUCGCAACAGCAUAGCCAGGGUCAGCUUCAGAGAGCCAAUCAGCUGCAGUUAUUCAGUGGAAGAAGACGAUUGGGAGGAAGAGGAAACUGUUGAGGUAAACAGAAAUGAAGAAGAAGAGGAGCAGGAGGACGAUGGAGAAGAAGCUGUGGGAAGUUUGGGACACAGGUUGAGGUUUUGCACUGGAGUACCAUCACAGAUAGACCUGCUGGAUGGGUCCUACCAUCGCAGCCUCCGACGUGGACAUGGUGGCCACGUUGGCACAGAGAAACAUGCAAAGCGUUUUCGAGGCUCACAAAGUGACAGACCUAGGCUGGACAUCCUGGAAUCCAGGGAAGGAGACUGCAGACACCGGUCCAACAGCGUCCUGAUGAGACACAGCAGGCUGACCCUGCACUCCACUCGCUACAAACACGAAGAGUCAUGCUCAACCUGCUCAUCUUCCACAGAUUCCGAGGAGGAAGGCUUUUUUAUGGGCGAGCGUAUUCCUCUGCCGCCGCAGCUGACAGGUGGACAAAAAGAGAGCGAUGGACAAAGAGAGGAAGCAAAGAAAAGCAGGACAGGAAGUUUUAGGAGGAAGAGAACACAGAGUCUCAGUACGAAAGAAAAAGACAACUGCUUACUAUCCUGAGACAUCAUCGCUUAAAAGGACUUGCUGUGGAUUUAUGGCACAUUCUGGACUCUAUCAACACAAUUUUAUGAACUCAACUGAACCAAGUAGAUGCUUAGUCUUAAACAAAGGUCAUUAAAGUUUAUAAAUCACAUUUUGUAUGGUAAAAAUAAAAUUAUCUUACACUUUGUUCAUUUGCAUACCAGUAUUUGUUUUUUGAUGCGACUACAGAGGAUCCAGUACUUAGUUUCAAAAGGGUGCUUGUUGUCAAAUUACUACUACAAUAUUAUUAUUUGAACCGAUGAACAUUUCUUACCCUACUUUGGUUUCAUUUUAUGUAAAAAUGUCAUUGUAUAUUUCUUUAAAGGCAAUGUCUUAUCCAGAAAGAGUUAACCAGCUGAUAUAUUUUCCGAUUCCUUCAGCACUAUAGAAGAUCAGUUGUAGUGUGGGAUACAAUAUUCCACAAAGUGUGCUUUGUGGUAUAUCGCACAUUUUGACAACUAGGAUUGGUCAUCCUGAUAUUCUAUUUAUGCAAAACACAUACGUUAUAUGGUGAUUCCAAACAUUGUUCUCUUCUAUGUGAAAGAUUAUAGAUUAUUUAAAAAAUAGAUUUUCUUUUUUACAAUUACAAAGUGUUAUCAUAGUUGAUUUAACCCCUCUAUGUCUACUGAACCAUUACAUUUUAAAAUUGGUAUUAGCCAAACCUGAAACCAGUUACUUGAACUAGUGAGCAGUUGCAUCUUGCUUGACUAGUUUUGAAAGGAUUUUUUUUGCACUUGCUUAAGGUUUAACAAGAUGAAACUUAUUGAAAUGCAAAUGCAAUGUUAUUGUGUUACUGUAUUUAAAUAUGCAUUGUCGUGGCUUUAUAAGUAACACAGGUUAAGUAGGAGAAUAUUCCACAAUGUUUCUAUGGUAUUGCUAUAACUUAGUAUAAUGAAAACAAGCAAACAUAAGGCCACUCCAGGAUAUAGUGAAAUGGUAAUAUGUCAAUUUUAUAUAUUCAUGAACUGUAUGAUAUGUAAAUCAAUGUGUAAAUGAGAAUUUUAAUAAAGACACAUGACAUUC